AUGUCUAACACAGUUACCACAACUAGUACAACUACUACCACUGAAACUACUACUGCCGUUCCUAAUCCACUCAAUACUGGAGAUAAUGCUUGGAUGAUGACAUCAACAGCAUUAGUUUUAAUGAUGACUCCAGCUUUAGCAAUUUUCUAUGCUGGUUUAGUUCAUAGAAAAAAUGUCUUAAAUCAAUUAUUUUUAGCAUUUGUUUGUAUGGGAGUUAUUUUUGUUCAAUGGGUAUUAUUUGGUUUUUCAUUUGCAUUCGGUGAUCCAAUUAGUGUUGGAUUUGGAUCAUUUGAUGACGCGGCAUUACGUUUUAAUGGUGAUCGAUUUGAUCCAUUUUAUUGUGCAACUUUUCCAUUAUUAACUUAUGCUGCAUAUCAAGGUACAUUUGCUAUCGUUACAUGUGCAAUAAUAUCUGUAUGUUAUGAUCCAAUGGCUCAUUGGGUUUGGGGUUCGAAUGGUUGGUUAAGAACUUAUGGAGCAUUAGAUUUUGCUGGUGGAACUGUUGUUCAUAUUCUAUCAGGAGUUUCGGGUAUUACUGCUGCAGUUAUUAUUGGAAAACGACAUGAUUAUGAAUAUCGCCCAAAUACUGCUCAUAACCUUCCAUUAACAGUAUUAGGCAGUGGUCUUUUGUGGGUAGGUUGGCUUGGUUUCAAUGCUGGUUCAGCUGCUACAGCCAAUGGUAUAGCAUCACUUGCUUUAGUAAAUACAAAUGCAGCUGCAGCUGCUGGCUUGUUAACAUGGAUCUUUUUAGAUCUUAUUCGUGGUCGAGUAUCUAUAUCAGGCGCUUGUUGUGGUCCCUUAAUUGGUUUGGUCGCAGUAACACCAGCAUCUGGUUUUAUUCAGCCUGGUUGGGCUCUUCUUUUUGGAAUAAUACCAACACUUCUUAUUUAUAUUGCUAUUCUCUAUAAACAUAACAUUGGAAUAGAUGACACACUUGAUGUUGGUAUUAUGCAUGGUGGAGGUGGUAUCAUAGGUGCAUUCAUGACAGGAUUAUUUAGUCAACGAUCAUUUAAUUCAAUAAAUGGUGCUGAUGGUGCUUUCUAUGGUAAUCCAAUUCAAAUGUGGUAUCAACUUGCUGGAAUUCUUACUGCAAUUGGUUUUAGUUGUGCAUGUACAAUAGGGAUUCUAUUACCUUUAAAAUGGACAAUUGGUAUUCGUAUUUCAGUUCAAGAUGAGAUAGUUGGUCUUGACUGGGCAGUUCAUGGUGAAAGAUGGGAAGUCGUGGGAACUGAAAAUAAAACAACUAAAACGACUCCAACGAGAAUAAAACUUCCUGAUGAUAGUAUUCCAAGACGACGUCAAAGAACUUUAGCUGGUAGUCGAUCUCGAUCACGAGCAAUAAGACGUCGAAAUCAACCUGGUUUAUCAGCAGCUACAGUUGGUCGUUCUUGGAAACCUGCCUAUACUUUGCCAGUUUAA